UGGUAAAACUGGUAUACGGACAAUUUUUUCAGUUGCAUGUUUAAAUGGAAAAUCAAUUAUUAAACAUUCGUACUUUAGUGUUUCUGAACAAGAGAUCAUUCUGACGCCCGGUACAUAUUUUAAAGUUGUAGGCCAAGUGAACCCGGCCGAAGGACUACACAUUAUACAAUUGAAAGAAAUUCAACCGCCAUAUCUACAGCAACAAUUACGGCAAGUGGUCGGACGUCAUCUUUAUAGUUGGCAAAAUAUCAAAUUCGUGUUGCUUUUGGCGGCAUUUAUCGGUGGUAUGAUUGCAAUUGGAAUGACAUAUAGUAAGUAG